UUGUUUUAGGUUGCAGGUUUGUAUUUUUAAUUUCCUUGUUAGAAUUUCUGAAUCCGCGAGUGUGUGUUUUAUCCAUCCAUGGGGGAUUGGGUAAUUGGAGCGUUAAUCAAUUUGUUAGGAAGUGUUUUCAUCAACUUUGGAACUAACCUUCUUAAAUUAGCUCAUGAUGAGAGAAAUUUAAGAGCUAGGAUGAAGCCCAUUAUAUACUUCCAAGCAUGGAGAAUUGGUAUUCUCUUCUUCACAAUUGGAAAUUGUCUCAAUUUCAUUUCAUUUGGUUAUGCUGCUCAAUCACUUCUAGCAUCUUUAGGAUCUAUACAAUUCAUCUCAAACAUCGGAUUCGCCUACUUCGUGUUAAACAAAACAGUGACAAUCAAAUUACUGUUAGCCACUGCUUUUGUUGUUGCUGGAAACAUUUUCCUUGUAGCUUUUGGUAAUCACCAGUCCCCUGUUUACACAACAGAGCAAUUGGGUGAAAAUUACACAAACAUUGUAUUUCUCGUGUACUGUAUCAGUUUGGUCUUAGUUGUUAUUUUCCAUCAUUCAAUUUACAAAAGAGGAAAAGGGAAAAUGCUGGUUCCAUUUUCAUAUGCAGUUGUUUCUGGUGCAAUUGGAUCGUGUUCAGUAUUGUUCGCGAAGUCUCUUUCAAACAUGUUGAGAUUGUCAAUGUCAUCGAGUGUUGAUGGUGGUUAUUCAACAUUGCACAGUGGGUUCACGUAUUCAAUGCUCUUGAUGUUUAUAAGUACAGGUGGAUUUUGGAUGGCGAGGUUAAAUGAAGGGCUAUCGCGAUUUGAUGCAAUUCUUAUUGUCCCUAUGUUUCAAAUUGCUUGGACGUUUUUCUCAAUUUGUACUGGAUUUGUCUACUUUGAGGAAUACAAGGUGUUUGAUGCUUUAAGAACAACUAUGUUCGUUCUUGGAAUGAUUUCUGUGUUUGUUGGCAUUUAUUUGCUAGCACCGGAGGAUGAUGAAGUAUUGAAGGAUGGUUCUUUAGAAGUGGAAAGGCUUUUCAUGCCAUCUGAUCAAAUUAGGGAUAUAGAGAUCAUUUGGACGAGAUAUGCUGAUGAAAACUGCUGAUAUGAUUGGACUACGCGAGCGCCAGGUCAUUGGUGUGUGGUGACGGACAUGACAAUGACACAAGCAAUUAUCUGUCUCGUCGAAAAAUUAUAUUGUGUAUAUAAAAGCAACUUUUGUGUGUAUAUACAUUGGUAAAUUCCUUUUGAUAGUAGUGAAGCUUCUAUUGUAAUUGGCAAAAGUAGCUUGAAAUUUUGUUUUAGGUUUGCUAAUUAACUCAUGAGGUACUACUGUAUCUUUGCAUUUCUUCGUCCUUAUAUAUAUGGAAAAAAUAAUCAACAA